AUGGGCUCGCGCCUGGACAAGAACAGUGAAAGCGUGCGGAAGCGCAUCGAGCAGCACACCUUCGAGAGUGAAGAUGGCGACGAAUACAAGGGCUCAGCGUUUGGCGGCUUCACCGACUACUUCAGACGGAAGAAGAUCAAGCUGCAGAACCUCGAUGCCGACAUGCGCGAACAGGCCGGCGACAAGCCCCCCAUCUUCAAGGGGAUUGUGGCGCAUGUCAACGGCUACACCCAGCCGUCGCUCAACGACCUGCACACGCUCAUCGUCCAGUACGGCGGCGGCUUCAUGCAGUAUCUCGACGGCAAGACCACCGUGACACACAUCAUCGCAAGCAGCCUCACGCCGAAGAAGGUCGUCGAGUUCCGCAAGUACCGCAUCGUCAAGCCGGCCUGGGUGGUGGACAGCAUACAGGCAGGGAAGCUGCUACCGUGGAACGAGUACCGCGUGGUCGACGAGGGCGAGAAGCAGAAUGUCUUGGCGUUCGACAAGGGCAAGGUGCUGAGCCAGGCCAACGUCAAGGCGAGGGGCUACCGCGACCAGACGGAUGCAAGCUGGUACACUGGCCAGCUGAGGGCGAGCCAGGCCGGUCCGUCGAGUACGCCCACGCCAAGCGGACUCCCCCGUUCGCGCUUCUCGAAGCAACGACCGCCCACGCCUGAUGAUGACAUUGAUGAUGACCUCCCUCCUUCGCACCAGCCGGAGAGCGGCCCUCUCCAGCAACAGCCCAGCAAAGAGAAGACCUCCACCGACUUGGUCACCCCGCCGAAGAGCAGUCCUACGAUUGCGCCUCUCCACGACUCGUUCGAGGACAAGGAGCUGGACGAGGCACUUCAUGAUAGCCUCUAUGAUGGCCCCCCACCCGCUACCCAAAAACCACCGGCCGCCCCUCAAAUAGCCCCCGGCGUCUUUGAUGACCGUGUCAUGGACUUUGUCGUCACAGCGAAUAACGUAGCUCCCGAUGGCCGGCUGCUUACUGCUGAAGAACACAAUGCUAUCCUACUCCGCGACCCCAAGAUCCGCAAGUCGACGGUAGUUGAUCCGAACUUUCUUGAGCAAUACUACCGCGAAUCCCGUCUGCAUCAUCUUUCCACAUGGAAGGCCGAUUUGAAGUCGCAGCUGCAAGCACUCGCCAGCGAAAAGACAUCCAGUCAAAAAGCGAAACAGAAGCGCCAGCCUGGUGCGCGGCGAUACAUACUCCACGUCGAUUUCGACAGCUUCUUCGCUGCCGUCAGCUUGAAGAAGCACCCGCAGUACAAAGACAAGCCUGCCGUGGUAGCGCAUGGCCAGGGCAGUGGGUCCGAGAUCGCCAGCUGCAACUAUCCAGCCCGCAAGUUCGGUGUCAAGAACGGCAUGUGGAUGAAGAAGGCGCAAGAGCUGUGUCCUGACAUCAAGAUCUUGCCAUACGACUUUCCAGCGUACGAAGAAGCCAGUAGAGCCUUCUACGACGCCAUCCUGUCAACUGGUGGACUUGUCCAGAGUGUCAGCAUUGACGAAGCCCUGGUCGACGUGUCAAACAUGUGCAUCGCCGUCGGUGGUGUUGAUGGUCGUACCACGUCUGAAGGCAGCACCUACCGCGAGCAAGCCAAGGCCGACGAUAUUGCAAGGUCACUGCGACAAGAAGUCAAGGGGCGAACUGGAUGCGACGUCUCAGUGGGUAUCGGUGCCAAUAUUCUUCUGGCGAAAGUGGCACUGCGCAAAGCAAAGCCUGCUGGGCAACACCAAAUCAAGCCUGAGGAGAUACUUGACUUCAUAGGCGAGCUCCAAGUUCAAGACUUGCCUGGUGUCGCGUGGUCGAUCGGAGGCAAGCUCGAAGAGAUCGGCGUCAAGUAUGUAAAGGACAUUCGCGAGUUGUCAAAGGAGCGGCUAGUCCAAGUGCUUGGUCCGAAGACUGGCGAGAAGCUGUGGGAGUACGCUCGUGGCAUCGACAAGCAAGAAGUGGGCGAGCAGGUGGUGCGCAAAUCUGUGUCUGCUGAAGUCAACUGGGGGCUCUAUGUGGUGAGCUUCAGAAGCGUCUGCUCAAAGGAGAAGGUCAAAGGCAAGCAGUUCACGAUGAAAGUCAUGCGACGGUCGCCCGAUGCGCCUCUAGACCCGCCGAAGCACCUUGGACAUGGCAAGUGCGACACCCACAACAAGAGCUUGGUCCUUGGAGUGGCCACAAACUCAAAAGAGGUCUUGACCAAGGAAGCGCUCGGCAUUUUGCGCGGCUUCGGCUUCACGCCCGGCGAGUUACGAGGCAUUGGUAUCCAGAUGACCAAGCUUGAAUCGAUGAAGAGCGCGACAGACGGCAGUCUUGACGGAUCUCAACGUCGACUUCAGUUCAAGUCCGGCAAAAAGGAACCCGUCAGCGCUUGCAAGGUACCACCGCCGGUUGUUGACGAUGAUCCCAUCCAAGAUGAUCCAGAGACGCCCCGAAAGCCCAAGGCUGCAGUUGAAGAGGAACAGAUAGCUUUCGGUGCUCCAGAGCUGAACCAUUCCACCCCAUCACGACGGCCACUGAACGUGAUGGGUACUCAGUUCAUCAUGCCCACACAAGUCGACCCGAAAGUGCUUGCUGAGCUGCCUGAAGACAUUCGGUCGAAGCUAUUGCGCACACGUCAGACGUCGCCAUCACCUGCAUCGAGAGAUGGUAUCACAAGGACACCGACAAAGCCUCUACCGUUCUCAAUGACUGCCUUGCCAGCACAGUCCCAGCUAGAUCCCGAAAUUCUCGCUGCUUUGCCGCCUGAAGUUCGUGCUGAAGUCCUCGCACAGUAUGCUGCUGGCGCGACAUCAGCUUCCCCAUCCCGAAGACCUCGCCAUGCCGACCAAACCCUACUCCCACAAUCACCUCGCAAGAACAGAAUCAUCGGCAUACCCGCCAAGAAAGCCAUCGUUUCCGUCAAGCGCGGCCGAGGCCGUCCGCCCAAAUCCGCCAUGCUCGCCGCCGCCGCCCAAGCCACCUCCGUGAGCAAAAACGGCAAGACCCUGACGCAAGCAAACUUUAUCUCCCGCCAGAAUCCCGCGCGCGAAGCCGUGAGUCGCGAAACCUCCGUCGGUCCUUCCAACGCCGCUGACAACAGCGGUCCAGUCCCCGCGCCUAAGAAGCCCUCCGACACGGACGGCCUCGAUCCGGACAUCCUCGCCGCCCUGCCCGAAGACAUUCGCCAAGAAGUCAUCGCCGAACACAAGCGCAAGAAACUCCAAGCUUUUAGGCUCGCGGUAAAUAAAGCCAAGCCGAAAGCUGCUCCGCAUGUUCCGAGACCGGUUCAACGCAUCAAGGUACCAAGGCCUCCGCGGCCGACGUUCACGACACAGAAAUUGAGCGAGGAGCCGGACUUGAGGCGCGCGAUGAAGGAGUGGAUUAGGGAGUUUGCGGAGGAAGGGCCGUAUAGAGAGGAUGUAGGUGCGUUGGUCAAGUAUUUGGGCAAAGUCGUAAGGGAGGAGAGGGAUUUGAGUAAGGCGGUGGGCGUGAUCAAGUGGUUGGUGUGGGUUGUUGAUGAUCUUGGGGAGGAGGGUGUAAGGGGGGAGAAGUGGGAGGAGGCGUUGCGCAGGGUUAAGGAUGGGAUUGUUGGGGCGGCGAGGGAGAGGGGGAUGGGUGCUGUUUCGUUCGAUUAG